UCAGUUCUACUCAAUUCAUAAUGUGUGCUGUACGUUUGAUACCGGAGCAUCGAGGCAUGCGUCAAAACCGCAAAGCAGUGUACCGAUGCGUUUGAUCACGUGCUUUUUCAAACGGUGCGAUUUUUUUUCGAUUCCAAGCUGCUUUUAAAUACCUCUACUGGACACCGUACUAAAUAAUCUAUGCGAAAUCACACUAUGUACUGUUUUUCAAGUAUUUUAUUUAGUAUAGUAUAAGCUUCUUCUGUCUUAACUGAAUCCAUGGCAUUACAUAGGAUGCUUUUUGAAGACAUGAAAGGGAAGCAUAAUGUAAACAUUGAACCUGCUUUUCCAACUGAUUCAUGAGCUACUAAAGCCAACGACUUACCACUGAGCUAUGGAGUUUUGAAGGAAACAUUUUGAGAAAAAAAACAUCUCAUAAUUAGACGCUGUUAUUCAUUGCUGACAAGCAGAUGUUAUUAAUGUGCAUUGUGAACCAGAGGAGGCUGAUAGGAGGCGUUGUAGUGGCUGGAAUGGAAUAUAUGGACCGGUAUUGAACAAAGCCAACAUAUGGAAACCACAUGUUUGACUCCGUUAAAUAGAUUAUAUUCCAGCCAUUACAAUGAGCCAGUCCUCCUACAACGCCUCCUAUCAGCCUCCACUGUUGUGAACAGGUAAUGAAGCUCGUGAGCAAUUCAUUGUUUUCCGGAACAAUUUGGUGAAAGUCCCGAAGCCUUUAGAAAGCCUCGGUUUCCCAUCACUAUUAAGAAUACACUGUUUUUAGGGAUUCAGUGAUCACUAUUCAAACACACACGUCAUUGUUUACUUUUUCCUUGCAUGGAUAAAAACAUUGUCUGCGUCACUAAAAGCAGGAAGUGAUUUGAUUAUUUAAUUUUUUAUUCACAGUAAUUCCAUUUACAACAAUAAGCACAAUAGUUUCACAAUAUCAAAAGACUUGAAUGUAGCAAUAAUUCUGUUGUGGUUUUACCAAAGAUUAUUAUAUUUCCCCUUACAUCUCUGAUUUUACUGUAAAGUUAUAUUUUGAGCUAUUAGCUAGCUUGCUUGUAGGCUACCUAGCAACCCAUUUUAAUCCUGAGUUCUCUUGUCAAUGGCUCUCUGAGUCCAACGGAAUGUGUCUAGAAUGAGAUGACCCCCCCCCCAUGAAUAUUGAAAAUAUCUUGUUUGGCAAAAUGUUCUAUAGAUUGUUGUACAUGAUGUACUCUACAGGCAUGUCAAAAUUCCAAAGCGGGAUCUCUAAAAGUUUUAGAGCUAAAUAUCUUAAAUUCAUGUUAGAAGGAAUUCAAACAAGGAAUUUUGCCAAAGUAGAGAACAGUAUUUGUCAGUAGAUAUUUUUGCACAUGUGUAUAUUAAAGCUAUUACAUUUUUUUCCGAAAUAUUCAUUUAAAAUCAGCUAAUCAGCAAAUAACUUUAAAUUAGGAUUAUUUAUUUUUUUACCCCUUUUUUCUCCCCAAUUUUGUGGUAUCCAAUUGGUAGUAACAGUCUUGUCUCAUCGCUGCAACUCCCGUACGGACUCGGGAGAGGUGAGGGUCGAGAGCCAUGCGUCCUCCGAAACACAACCCAACCAAUCCAACUGCUUCUUGACACAAUGCCCAUCCAACCAGGAAGCCAGCCACACCAAUGUGUCGGAGGAAACACCGUACGUACACCUGGUGACCUGGUCAGCGUGCACUGCGUCCGGCCCGCCACAGGAGUCACUAGUGCGCGACGAGACAAGGACAUCCCUACCGGCCUAACCCGGACGACGCUGGACCAAUUGUGCACCACCCCAUGGGCCUCCUGGUCGCGGCCGGCUGCAACAGAGCACGAACCCAGAAUCACUGCGAUGCAGUGCCUUAGACCAAUGCGCCACUCGGGAGGCCCUUAAAUGAGGAAUUCUAAUGGAUGUUUCAUGGAUUAGACUCCCUGCAGCUCUCUCUCUCUGUCUCUGAAGAGCAGGUUCCCCCUGAGCAGCAGCACUGUGAGCAGGAGUGGAGCCCCAGUCUGGGGCAGGAGGACCCAGAGACCACACUGAUUAAAGAGGAACAGGAGGAAGUCAGGACCAGUCAGGAGGAAGAGCAGCUUCAAGGGCUCUUUGAUACUAAAGACUUUAUAUUUACUCCUUCCUGUGUGAAAGGUGAAUGUGAUCAGGAGGACCCACCUCAGCCCCUGACUCUUCCCCAAACCCAGACUGUGGAGAACAGAGAGAGAGACUUUAGACCAGUGAAUCUCAAACCUUACGCCACUGUGACCCGCCUAAAGGAUCUCAACAAUCUGUGUGACCCUACAGAUAAUCAAAACAAUGCUUUCAUCCUCAGCUCAGCCAUAAGCAGCGACCCAGUAGGACUUGACAGCAGCCCACUAUUGGAUCCCAACCCACUGUUGUGUCUCAACCCACCAAUGGAGAAACAGUGUUUCAAACCCAGCACAUCUAGAAAAACUCACCACUGCCGUGACUGUGGUGAAACAUUUGCACUGAAAGCUGACCUGCAGAGGCAUGUGACUCACACCAGGAAGAGACCCAGUGAAUGCCUCUUCUGCAAAAAACUCUACAACUCCACCUGUAAACUGAAGGCCCAUGUCCAACUCUGUCAUGGUGGUAAACCCUGCACCUGCCCCUUUUGUGGGAAGACCUUCAAACAAAAAGGACAUCUGUCCAGACACAUGAGUAUUCACACAGGAGAGAAACCAUUUUGCUGUGGUGACUGUUGGAAAAGCUUCAAUCGCAAGGAGCACUUAACCAGACAUAUACGCAUUCACAGAGGAGAGAAACCUUUUAGCUGUGGUGACUGUGGGAAAAGCUUCAAUCGCAAGGAGCACCUAUCCGAACAUAGACAGACUCACACAGGAGAAAAACAACAUGGCUGCUCAGUCUGUGGUAAAAGAUUCACUCGGAAGACUCAUCUGCUGAAGCAUAUGGACAAUAUCCACAAAGAGAGAAAAACAGACAGAAGAAAGAAAAUCUUCAGUCACAAGAUGGGAAUAAAAAGACAGGAUGUGGACAACACUCGUAGGAAAGGAAAGCAACCCCAGACCAUUCAUAUUGUGGGUCUCAGAUAAAUACAUAUACUGUACCAUGGACUUAAUGUUGUAAAACAGUGUAUGUAAAUAAAGUUUGAUUUGAUUUGAAUGACAAGGUAAUGAUCAAACCGUACAGAGUAUUGUAGGAAAUGUACAGGUCUGCUGUAAUAAUAAUAAUAAUAAUAAUAAUAAUAAUUGAUUACAUUUGUAAAGCGAUUUUAGUUAUAAAAUAAUAAUCUCUAAGUGUAUAAAAUGAAAACCCCCAAAAUAUAUAUUAAUGGACACAAUUACACAGGGCAACUGACAUAAAGAACACAGAUGAUGCUACAAGGGACAUGGACAAGGAGGGAUAUUACCAUGAAUACACUGGAAAGUCAGCAGGAGGGUUUUGAAUAUAAUCUGGAAUGAGACGGGGAGCCAGUACAGAGAUGCCAGGGUGGAGGUGAUGUGAUGGUGUUGAGAUGGGGAGCCAGGAUGGGAGGGAUGUGAUGGUGUUGAGAUGGGGAGCCAGGAUGGGAGGGAUGUGAUGGUGUUGAGACGGGGAGCCAGUACAGAGAUGCCAGGGUGGAGGUGAUGUGAUGGUGUUGAGAUGGGGAGCCAGUACAGAGAUGCCAGGAUGGGAGUGAUGUGAUGGUGUUGAGAUGGGGAGCCAGGAUGGGAGGGAUGUGAUGGUGUUGAGACGGGGAGCCAGGAUGGGAGGGAUGUGAUGGUGUUUCCUCUCAUCAGGAUUCUGGCAGGGCUGUUCUGGAUGUACUACGUUGCAGUAGUCCAGCCUUGAAGAUAUAAAGGCAUGGACAACGUCUCUAUCAUGUUUUUAUAUCAUUCCAAAUAGGAAUAUCUGGUUGUUUGACUCAGAAUGUCUCUCAGGGUGAUGAGAUAGUCAGACACAUGUUAUCGAUACAUGAAAUGAAAUAAAAUUCCAGAAAAGGUC